GCUCACUCUUAUUGCAUGUCCCAUGUGUAUCUCCUGGUAACAUGGUGGCCAUCGUUACCGCGGAAACGGUGGUGUAUUGGUGAUGCCUCCAGGGGUAUAUAUACACCGAGCGCUGCGGGGCUUGAUAAACACUUGCCCAUCAGCGAUUACUGCUGCAGCAUGUAUACGUCAUUGAUAGCCAUUGUCACGCUGGCAGCAUACGCUGCAUCGGCUCCAGCUCCAGCUGAUGAACCAAUACCAAUUGUCAGCCAAAGUCAGGAGGGUCCAAAUCCAGAUGGAUCAUACAAAUGGAGUUAUGAAAGUGGAAAUGGUAUCAAGGCCGAGGAACAAGGACAAUUAAAGAACGCUGGCUCGGAGAACGAAGCUAUGGAGGCACAAGGUGCAUUCAGUUAUCCAAGCGACGAUGGCCAACAAAUAUCUUUGACUUAUACGGCGGAUGAGAAUGGAUUCCAACCAGUUGGUGCUCACCUUCCUGUACCACCCGAAGUUCCGGCUUUAAUACAGAAAGCACUCGAGUGGAUAGCAGCACAUCCCUCGAAAGACGACGAGAAUAAUCUGUAACACCGACAAUCUAUAACGCCAGUGUGAUCUCACCAGCUCCUUUUUAAAUAUUAUUACGAUCGAGAUAAAACGACGAUCUUUUUAGCCCGAUGAUGAGUUUAAUCCGUUCACGCGACGCCGCCGUCUCGCCGCACUUAUGUUCGUUUUUCUAUUUUCUCUGUCUCUUUCUUUUUCUUCCUAUUUUUCUCUUUCUCUUACUUUUCUCCCAAUUAUUUCUUAUUCCCUUCGCUCUUCUAAACGUCCGACCUCGAACAUGGACUACUCUGGUUCAAUUUGUUGUAAAUAUUUAUUUGUACGUCUAUGCGAUACUAUAUUAAUAUAUAUAUAUAUAUAUAUAUAUAUAUACAUAUAUAUAUAUAUAUUAUACGUAUAUAUACACACACAGACACACACAGACAUAUGACACACUUAUAUAUCUACUUAAAUAGCAAACCGAUGUAAUUAACUGUCGUUAAGUAUAUCAAAGUGCGUUUGAGAAUAAAUGUUGCAUCCCAGGAGAAAA